AUGCUACAAAGAUGGAGAAGUCUCUUGUCGCUGAAAAGCUCUUCGAUUUCACAAUUCUCAUCACCAAAAGUCGCUCCUUUUCAUUCGACGGCUGUUUUGUCUGAGAAAUCGAGGAAACACUUUGGUUCUGAUAGAGCCUCACAAACUUCUGAAGGCGAACGAUCUUCAAAGAACUCAUCCAUAAGAUUCACAUGUACCGUAAAGGAGAAAGGGCGACGCACUGGUGCUAAAAAGACUUUAGACAAUCUUCUCUUCCACAGGGGAGUUAACGAUCCGCUUCAGAAUGAGUGGCAUUUCGGGCCAAAUCCGCUUAUCCGGGAUAGGCAUAUGAAGAAAAAACCACCACCUGGCCGGGGAAAAAAGCCUCGAGAUAAGAAAACAAAACGAUGGCAUAGAGAAGGAAAUCCGGAUGAUGACUUUGGCGCUGAUGCUAGUAAUACAUUUGAGAACAAAUGGAGAGAAGGCUGGACAACUCAAUCUCGUAAAGCCUCAUAUUCAAGAGACUCGACAUCGGGAUUUGAAUGGAGAGAAGGCUGGAGCUGGACAACUCAAUCUCAAAGGAGCAGAAGUUGGAGUGAUGACUCUUGUGAUGAACCUUCGAUCAUUGGGUCUCAGUCUGAGAGGACUGUUUUGGGUCUGCCUCUAGUUGGUCCCCUCAAAUUAGGAGAUGUUAAAGACGCCUUUCGAACUUCGGCUUUGAAGUGGCACCCAGAUAAGCACCAGGGGCCUUCUCAGGCUGCAGCGCAAGAGAAGUUUAAACACUGCGUCGAUGCAUACAAGUCUCUCUGUUCUGCACUCUCUUGA